AUACACACUCUCUCCCUAUAAAAAUUCCACACUAUUUCCUUGACCAGUUUUACAACUCUUCUGCUUCUUUCUCUCUCUCUCUCUCUCUCUCUCUCUCUCUCUCUCUCUCUCUCUCUCUCUCUCUCUCUCUCUCUCCCUGAACAAUACACAGAAAACUUCCCUGUUCAUGACUUCUUUCUCUCACACACAACCUUAUACCACCAAAUAAACCCCCGAAAUUUUAGCAACAAACUAAACACUACAGCUUUUUCACACACCGUGCCAGCUUUUUUCACACACACGAUAACAAAGCCCAUUAGUCCAUCACAUUACACACAACACAUGGAGAGAAAACAAGGGUUCUUCUCAGCACUGCGAGAAGAGGUGGUGCGAGGAUUGUCACCGGGUCGGUCAAGAGCGAAAAGUCCGGGUCGGAUCGGGUCAUCAAUGUCGGGUCUGCUUUUUCGUCGAAAAAAUCACGGCCAUGAUGGUAAUUUUGAAAACCCAGAAAAUUAUGUAGCGAGAUCCGGGAGUUUGAGGACGUUGGCGCCGUUGAUUGAGGGUCCGGAUCCGAAUGGAGGUGAAAUUGGGGAUUCGAAACGGGUCGGGUUGGGUCAGUGGGUCAAGGGUCAGCUUUCUAGAGCUCCAUCAAUGGCUGCCUCAAAUGGGUUUAGUAGUAGUACUAAUAGUAAUAAAAGGUCUGAUUUGAGAUUGCUUCUUGGUGUUAUGGGUGCUCCUUUGGCUCCUGUUUAUGUUUCUACUACUGAUCCUUUGCCUCAUCUCUCCAUCAAAGACACUCCCAUUGAGACGUCAUCUGCUCAGUACAUAUUGCAGCAAUAUACUGCGGCAUCGGGUGGACAGAAGGUCCAGAACUCAAUCAGGAAUGCUUAUGCAAUGGGGAAAGUGAAGAUGUUAGCUUCGGAGUUUGAAACUGCCACAAGAGUGACUAAGAACAAGAAUGCUUCAAGAGACGCUGAAUCGGGUGGUUUUGUUCUGUGGCAGAUGAAUCCAGAUAUGUGGUAUGUGGAGCUUGCAGUUGGGGGAAGCAAGGUGCAUGCUGGCUGCAACGGGAAGCUUGUGUGGAGGCACACUCCCUGGCUUGGUGCUCACACCGCCAAAGGUCCUGUUAGACCCUUGCGUCGUGCCCUUCAGGGUCUUGAUCCGAGAACCACUGCUAGUUUGUUUGCUGAUUCGAGGUGUAUUGGAGAAAAAAAGAUCAACGGGGAGGAAUGCUUCAUCCUUAAGCUUUGUGCUGAUCCUCAAACAUUAAAGGCCAGGAGUGAAGGUCCAGCAGAGAUAAUUAGGCAUGUUCUCUUUGGCUACUUCAGUCAAAAGACAGGUUUGCUUGUUCAUAUGGAAGAUUCUCACCUUACCCGCAUCCAAUCUAGUGGUGGUGAUGCUGUUUAUUGGGAAACUACUAUUAAUUCUUAUAUGGAGGAUUACCGGCCUGUGGAAGGGAUAAUGAUUGCUCAUUCAGGCCGUUCUGUUGUGACACUAUUCAGAUUUGGAGAGAUGGCAAUGAGCCAUACAAAAACUAGGAUGGAAGAAGCUUGGACCAUUGAAGAGGUUGCCUUUAACGUUCCAGGGCUCUCUCUGGAUUGUUUCAUUCCACCAGCAGACUUGCGAUCCGGAUCCAUCAGCGAAGCUCGUGAACUCCCUCAAGAUGGAAGAGAAAAGAGCACAACAGGGGUUGCAGCUCAUCGGGCAAAGGUGGCAGCAUUAGAAAACACACAUGACGACGACAUGAAUUGGAAGGUCAAAGUCUAAUGCGAGGGUAGCAUGAUUAUAUUAGUUUGUUUAUAUGGGUAGGUAGUUACAGAUUGACUUACACAUAAAUUGCAUAUAGAAGUUAGGUUGAUCAACUUAGUUGACCUAGUCCUCUAUUGAUCUGUACAUAGAGCAUAAUCAUUCACAGGUCCUUCCUAUACCUAGGCGAAUCUUUAUACUCUCACUGCAGAUUCCAACUACGGAGUUGGAGCUCGGUUUUCCCAGUAACGGAUGGAGCAAAUGGAGGUUAUAAUUUUUUUGUUUGCCUUCCAUGAUUACAGAGGAGCAUGGUGAAACUUCAUACAGAACCACCAUUGUCCCUUUUAUGGCUUUCUACUAUUUUUCUUGCUAGUGUAUGGGUCAUUAGCAGAACCAUAAUAACUACUAUUUCGUGUUUGAAACUAGCAUCCUUGUAAUCCAUGUUUUCUUUGUGUUA